AUGAAUUUCUCAAGAGUGUCCUUCAGCGCAGUCUCUGUGCAGUUACGUGUCGACCAAGCUGAACGGAUCACGUUUUCUCGAGCAGACUGUCAGUGCAUCGUACGUGGCUACCGCUUUGACGCGGUAGUUUUCUUUUGUUCUUCUGAUGAUAACAAGACACUAGCAGUGACAUAUGGAUACCGCAACGGAAGCGCUGGUCGUGGCUGUUUGAAGUUUAAGUAG